CGGGCAUGCUUACCAAUAUCCGCUGAUAAAUCGAUUUAGAGUGCAUAUGCGGUGUGGAUUAUCAAUAAAAUCACAAUCCUUUACAAAUUAACUAUACGCGUUUUGAAAAUAUUCCAUUUUAUCUGAUGUCGAGGCAUCGGGUGGUGAAUUUGGUUCCGCUGCGGUGGUGAAUUUAAAGCUAGUGUUUUGGAACUCCGGCACCAAAAACAGCGGCACAGAAAAUGUCGAAUUUCGUGAUAAAUGGUUUGUUACAGUCCCGCAAUCCGCUGCUGGCUUUUCGCCGGUUCCGGGGAAAGAUGAACAUCCAGCGACCGCGCCAACCUCAUUACGAAAGGGCGCGGGUGCUCGAGAUCGUGAAACCGUUCUACAAGAAGCCGGCCUUUAGCGCGCCGUGCAUGGAGGCGCAGCUUACCAAAGAGACUCGUAAGGUGGACAACCCGUACGAGGCGAUCGUGGCCCGUGAGGCGCGCAACUGGUUCGAACAGAGCCGGCUCGUGGCAUUCCUGCACGUAAACUCGAUCCGCCAAGAGGACAUGUUCAAGGUGCAGGUAGCGCUACACCGGCAUCAGGUCACGGUGAAGGUGUACGGAAAGUCGAUCAUGCAGAAGGCCGUCGAGGGGACCAAAUUCGAACCAAUCCUGCCCCUGUUCGAGGCUAAAACGGCGCUCGUGUUCGGUCCGGAAGAGCGCAAAAUCAAUCAGCUGCUUAGUGUGCUGAAGAAAACGCCCCAGCUCGUGUUGCUGGCCGGCAUCGUCGAGGGUCGCCUACUGAGCAAGCAGGAACUGGUGGCUUAUGCCAGCAUGCCGGAUCUAACGACAGUCAGGGCACAGUUUGCGGCCGUACUGGAGAGCGCCGGUGGCAAGAUUGUCAGCGAUCUGCAGUGCCAUCAGCAGCAGUUGGUCAAUCUUUUGGAUGCGCACGCCCGCGGCAAUGAUGCAGAGCAAGCAGAGACAGCCAAUGGCAAGGUAGCGGACAGUUGAGAGGCAUUUAGGGAAACUUUGUUAAGUAAAAAGUAGUCUAUAAAAGAAAAAACUAUUAAUCCGCUUAAUCUCCGGAGUGUAGUGAGUAUCACAGUGCAGUGCAGAGAGCAGUGAUGAAGUAAUUCGAUCGACCACAGUUUGCGGGACUAAUCCUUCGUUCAACGUUCGGCCAGCGGCGUUGUGCAAAUGGAUGUCCCGUUACAUUUAUUUCCAUCGAAGCUGACGGA